CCACAGUCCCCAUGUCGGCUGCUGAAACCGAUGACUUGUCGCACGUGAGCUUCGCGAAUCCAGACUUCCUGGAGAAGAACGGCCUCACGCCCAGCAACGUGUUAGAGUACUUCUACACAUCGCCCUUUUACCAACGCAUUGGGCAAAACUCCAUCAACGAACAACGCCGGCGCGGCUUGAAAGUGGAGGUGCAGCCUGGACACCAUGAGUUUGUGGUGCUGGCUGCGAACGAGGAUGCCAAAGAAGGCAAAGUGGAGACCUGCAUUUUUGUGAUCCAACGGCUGCAGCAUCCUGCAACACCCAAAGAGACGUUCUAUGUCAUCGCCGGUACCAUCUAUCAAGCACCUGAGCUGUCGGAGUUGUUCAAAAGCGCCCUGUGUCAAUCAGCCAUUGGCGCUCUGAGCAUCUUGCAGAAGCAACUGGAAGCCAUGCGACCGCCAGAAGCGGAUUCGCAGCCUCCCGCGGCAUCGCCCGGUUGGCCGAGCUGGUGUCUCUUUGAACAGCCGCCAGUGCCCAGCGCCUGGCGAGUGCCGAUUGAGGUGCCAAAAUGGCGAGGUCGGCGGAUGCUAUCGACGCAAUGAA